CUGGCUGACGACGAGCUAUUGGUGAAGUGACAAGCAGGAAACGUUACGAGCGAUAUGGCUCCUCCGAGCAAGCGAGCGAAGAAAGAUGACAGCAGCGAAGCGAAUACUGACGGCGCUGAGUCUGCGUUCCAGAUGCGUAACCCGUCGCACAUCAAGAACAAGAUGAAGCGCCAGCUCGUGAUGCAGAAAUUCCGCAAGGAGAAGAAGGAGGCCAAGAAGGCAGCGCAGCUCAAGCGCCGGCGCGAGGCGGAAGAGAUGGGCGAGGAAGCACCGGCUAAAAUGGAGCCGCGUACCAUUGAUAAUACGCGCGAGAAGGAAGUGACGAUGGUCAGCAACGAAGGUGACGAGGAGAUCGAGGCUGACGAACGGGACGACGAAUUCGCCAGCAUCUUUGCCAAUGAAGAAGCGCCCAAGCUCAUGAUCACCACACGUCCAUUUCCGUCUGGCGAACUAUACCACUUCAUUAAGGACCUCAUGGAUCUGCUGCCCAACUCAUUUUACUACAAACGCGGCACCUUCGACAUCAAGGAGAUUGUGCAGUUCGCCAGCAACAAGAAGUUCACGCACCUCAUCGUUCUAUCGGAGAAAAGCAAGAUCUGUAAUGGUAUGCUCGUGAGCCGCUUGCCUGAGGGCCCAACUGCGUUCUUCAAGGUGUCGAAUGUAAAGUUGACGUCCAGUAUCAAGGAGCGCGGUCGCCGCACGAAUCAUCAGCCAGAGUUGAUUUUAAACAACUUCUCGACGCGUCUGGGUCACCGCGUGGGUCGCUUCUUGGGCUCGUUGUUCGAGCACCAGCCCGAGUUCGAAGGCCACCAGGUCGUGACGUUCCACAACCAGCGCGAUUUUAUCUUCGUACGACACCAUCGCUACACGUUUGAGAACGAGAAGAAGGCGCGUUUGCAGGAGAUCGGCCCGCGCUUUACCAUGAAGCUGCGAUGGCUACAGCAGGGGACAUUCGACACCAAGUUCGGCGAGUACGAAUGGAUCCACAAGCAGCACCAACUCGACACGUCGCGCCGGAAAUUCCACCUCUAAGCAGUCUGCAUCAUCCAUUUACUCAAUUCACAACAUUAGAGCCCUCCUUUUGAUCUCUCACAUUGCAUUUCCAAUUCGGUGGUGCAGCUCCCCAGCGUUGUUGAC